AUAUUAUCCAAUAGUUUUGUAAAAUUUUAUUUAAUCCACCUCAAAUUGUCGAAAUUCGAAAUUUUGAGCAAGAAGAUAGGUUGUGUUGGUUUAGGUUUUGGUUUUGGUUUUGGGCCAGAGACGCUAAUUCGAAACAUUUUUGGUUUAGGGCCGAAUAAACGUGGCGACCACUCGUCCUGUAAAUCCAAACCUACUCGGCUAACAAACAAACAUAUCACGACGCAGCGAGAUCUACCGAGGUUGACCCGCAAACAUUUCCCAAAAUGCCCUCCUCCCCCGCCGCCGCGACCUACACCACAAUCCCGAUUUCCGGCAUCGACGUCAUUUUCCGAUCGACGCAGAACCUCUCCGCCUCCCUCUCUCGCUGCCGCCCCUGGCCGGAGUUCCUGUCGGGCCUGGACCUCCCGCCCUCCCUCUCCGCCGCGUCCCUUAGGUUCCGGCGCAACGCUGCGUACUUCUCCCUAAACUACGCCAUAAUCGUGAGCGCGUGCGCCGCCGUGUCGCUCAUCACCACGCCUCUGGCGCUGAUAGUGCUCGGAUUCGUGUUGUUCCUGUGGUUGAUCUUCCACUUCUUCCGGGAGGACCCGCUGUUGAUUUGGGGGCGGCACGUGAGCGAUUGGGCGGUGAUUGCGGGGCUUGUGAUGCUGUCGAUUUUGGCUCUGUGGAUCACCGGCCCGUUGCAUAACCUGUCGAUCGGCAUUAUCGUGGGGCUGUUGAUCUCCAGCAUCCAUGGCGUGUUGAGAAACCCCGAAGGGCUUUUCCUGGACGAGAACGACGCCGUCUCCACCGGUUUGAUCGCCACUGCUGGACCUUCCUUCACUCCGCCUUUGUGAAUCAUUGUUUUUGUGUGCAUAUGAUUGUUUUGUGUGAUUCUUUGAUGAGCUUGUAACUUUUGAGUGGUUUAUUUAUGAAAAGCGGAGUAGAGCAUUUGCCAAAAUACAUAAAAAUGUGAAUCAAAUGUUUGAGGCUGUUGUGAGUUGAGUUGGUUGUCCAAUCUCAAAUCUUAAAUCUGCUGCUGCCUUGCUAAUCAUAUCAAUUGCUCACUUCCUAAUUUCUAUUUCA